GUAAAUGUCUUCGUUACAUAACAGGUGAGGACAAAAGAAUUGGCAUUACUGCGCCAAGAACCAAACAGGUUCGACGGCCAUCAUAAUACAGAUUUUUACGUCAAAAUGGGCUGUUCGGUGCUUUAUGAGGCAGUAGAAAACAGACUCGGGUCAGUGUUCGAGUCUUAUGGUAAAUUAGUUGGUAGAUAUCCAGUUGCUUUUAUCAUUUCUGCCCUUGUAAUUUGUGGUGGCCUGGGAGCAGGAAUUCUCUUAAUGGAGAGUGAAAAUGACCUGGAAACGCUUUAUCUUCCCGAAAACAGCCAGGCCGCUCUAGACCAAGAUCGAGUUUCGGAUAUCUUUUCCAAAGGAAUUCAGAACAAUUACUGGUCGCACACUCUUGCUAAUGUCCCUUACAAUGCAGACGUACUUAUACGAGCAAAGAAUGGAAAAAACGUCCUAUCGGAAGACAUCCUAGAAGAAAUUGGGCAUAUUAUUUCAAAAAUACGAAACUUCAAUGUGACUAAAGAUAAUACAAAUUUUACGUACAGCGAUGUCUGCGGUAAACAAGUACGGACCUGUGUCAUAGACGGUGAAAUGCUACUAGAAAAGAAAUUUCUUAACCGUUAUCGAAAAAACAAAAUGACAUUUCCCGAUUGGCAAGUAACUGAACACAGAGUUAUUGACUUAAAUCGUUUUUUGGGAAAGGCGGACGCCAUCAAUGGUACUUUACAAUCUGCAAAGAUGUUUCGACUCCUGUUUGAAUUAGCCCAAAGUAACGCCACCGAAACAGAAAGAUCGAGGGCGUGGGAAAUCGGAAUUAUGAAUUAUUUGCCUGAACUGCAGACCAGUCUCAAUCUCACAGAAUUUGCCUAUUCCACUUCCCAGUCUCUAAAUGUAGAGUUGAACCGCAACACCAAAAAGGACAUUCGUAAUUUCUCCUAUUCCUUUACGUUAAUGUUGAUCUACGCCACCUUUACAAGUUCUGGGGGAAACUGUGUUGCUAAUCGUGGACAUCUGGCAAGAGCAGCAGUUGUUGCAGUAGGGUUAUCUAUCCUCGCUUCUUUUGGAACCCUCAGCUUAAUCGGCCUGAAAUUUGUCAACAUCGUCGGUGUCAUGCCCUUUCUGGUAAUAGGUGUUGGUGUUGAUUAUUCCUUCAUCAUGAUGUCUGGCUGGGCAGAAACCUACAUAUGUAAGAAGAACUCCAUAGAAGAAAGAAUUGGAUUGAUGUUCCGUUCUAGUGGCAUUUCUGUGACGAUAGCUGCAAUGACUGACGUCAUAGCCUUUGCUGUGGGUGCAAUGUCCGAUUUUAUGAGUGUCCGCCAUUUUUGUAUUUAUACCGGCCUUGCUCUUCUCUUUUGUUAUCUGUGCCACAUGACCUUCUUUGCUGGUUGUUUAGUCAUACACGCUAGACGUGUACACGCUAAUCGACAUUGUGUCACGUGUCAAAUAAGACCAACCGCCGAUCAGAUGAGAAAAGAUGGCGCCAACCCUGUUGCCGUUUGGUGUUGUUCUGGGUUCCCACCAAGAGUACGAGAAGAAGACGAAAGCGGCUGUGAAAUUUUACCACGAAUGGUAUUUACACGUUUCUUGUUGAAGCCUGUUGUAAAGGUUAUCGUUAUCAUAUCUUUUAUGGUCUACUUUGGGUUCGCUAUAUGGGGCGUUAUUAAUCUCGAGCAGGGCCUUAUUUUGAACAAUCUAGUAAGCAAGGAUUCUUACUAUCAAAAUUAUAGCAAUUGGUUUAAAAAUAAUUACCAAACUUCUUUCCCAGUAUCCGUUGUUUUUGAGGACGAAAUGGAUUACAGCCAAGCAGGGGUGUCCAAAAAUAUUCACCAGUUGAUUUCAAAUCUAACAGAAAUUGAUUUCGUUAAGAAAAAUCACACACUUUGUUGGUUGACCAGCUACCAAGAAUCAGGACGUUUCUUUUAUAAUGAAAAUUACACACCACAAGAGUUUGUUGAAGGGCUGCAAACUUUCUUAAUGUUUUAUACUCCCUUUAAAAACGACAUAGUUUUUAACGACGCGAAAGACGCCAUUUUGAAAUCCCGUUGUUACGUAUUCUCAAGUGAUGUUCCAGGGUCCAGUGACCAAGGGAAAUUGAUGUCGGACUUACGGGGUACUGCCGAGCGGUCGCCAUUGUCUUCAUUUGUUUACUCUCCUUAUUUUAUGUACUUUGAACAAUAUAAUGCUAUCAUACCAAACACAGUUCAAAUGGUCGGAGCGGCAUUAGGCGCCAUGUUUCUGAUAACGGUACUUCUGAUGCCCCAUCCCCUUAUGGUGUUCCUGGUUAUCGUAAACCUUGUCAUGAUUCUAACGGGUAUUUUCGGGUUUAUGCAUUAUUGGAAUUUAACGCUUAGUUCCAUCACUAUGAUACAUUUAAUCAUGAGCGUUGGCUUCUCGGUCGACUAUAGCGUACACAUCUGUCAUGGAUACUUGACAUCGUCAGGCUCAAAUCGAAACGCUCGUACUUCUUCCACAAUUGCUAAAGCAUCAAGUCCGAUUUGGAACGCUGGGUUAUCAUCUUUAAUUGGUAUCUCUACUUUGGCAUUAUCCGAUUCGUACGUUUUUGAAUCAUUCUUUAAAGUGAUGGUUCUUGUCAUUGCCUUCGGUAUACUUCAUGCAGCUCUUUUACUACCAGUUGUCUUAUCAAUAAUUGGCCCGGUGACGACAGAAGCCUUCGCAGAUCAACUCCCUGUCUAUCCCAAGAAACAAGCCUCCAAAACGUCUAACGGUUUAGAUAAUCCUGCCUUUCAAAAUACUAAAAUACCCGAAGGGGAGUAAACACAAUUCUAUCAACGUGGUGUUCAGAGGGUGAGGGUGUUACACCAAAGAGUUAUUUAAAGAAGUUAAUUGGCAAUGCAAAACAUAUGAAUACUAGAACGAAACAUAAUUUAAAUAUGAUUUACUCUGAGGGCUUUAGGAUUUUUUACCUUUAAUAAGUAAAGUCUUAUUACUGUUAUUUGUAAAUAUAAUUAAAAUUGUGUAUGAUUGUUUUUAUGUUAGGAGUAUUUAUAAUGAUUAUGUACAUGUAGUUAUAUUAUGUUAAUAUUGUGUAUAAUUGUUAUA